AUGCAGUCGUCUUAUUCUGGGUUUGUCUCUGAAUGUGUAAGCGAAAAUGCCGCUCAGGAACUCAUAUUUCGCAAGCAGUUCAACAUUUUCCGCGUUAUGUUUGGCAUCCACGUUGCUAGACGGUACCUGGAGCAGUUACGGUUGUUUAAUAGACUUCCAUGUUCGAAUAUGCACUUCACGGCCUACCUUUUCGGGGUGAGCUACUAUCUGAUGGUGCCUUUCGCACUUUGCAAUCCAACAUAUUCUUUUACGAUGCUACACGUGGUUGGAUUUGCACUAUCGCAGUACAUUCAGUUCAAGUCGCAUUACAUUUUGUACGCGACAAAGCGGGCCUCCACACGCUACGGUGAGAUGACCUAUGCUGUGCCCACCGGUGGCCCUUUCAACUACGUUUUGUGUCCGCACUACUGCUCCGAGAUCCUGGCGUAUGUGGUGCUUUCCUGCAACCUGGAAAUGUAG